GUGCCGGUUAGUUUUAGCGGGCGCUUGCCUCAGCGCUGAGACCGUCGUUGUGCUGGCUUCGUCGAAUUACCGCCUCAAGCGGUCACCGCGCUCGUCUCUGAUCUUUCCCCAUACGUGAACCCGCCAAGCUGCCGCCAUCGUCGCCACCAUGGGGUAGGUGUGUGUGAGCAAGCGAGUGGUGCCCGAUGGCGGAUGUCCUGCCCUCUCCUUUGCCAUCUCCUCGGCCGGUUUUCUGGUGCGCGGCCUACUAGUUCCAUAAGCAGCCGUGGGGCGGCGCUGCGACCAGACUAUACUUCAAUGGAGUUUCUUUUAGUUGAAGCUCUGGCGGCGAAAGUUUCGGAUGCUCGGUGUGCAAAGUUGACGGCGGCUGCCGGAUUCAAAUUUAGUUGACGCGCGGGGCCGGCAAGCCACGUGGUUUCAUGAAACGGUGUCUUGAAAGUGCUAAUUAAGGCAUGCAGCGUUGGACGUCGCUUGGCAGUCAUGCGACAAUUCACACUUGGUUGAUUAUGGUUGUUCUUAACAAGAUACAACUUGUCGUCAUAACAGGUUCAGAGUGCGCAGUGUAUGUAAACAUCUCUUGAUCUUAGCUGUUACCCGCGCACGCUACAUAAUUUCGCUUACGUGGAAUAAAAUAUAGAACAACGCCAGAGUGUCGAAGUGGACAACGGAGAAACCUUAACGCGGUGCAUGACGGGCAGAGCAAUGGCGACCUAAUGAACUAGGCAGACGAUCAAGGUGUACUUUUGUAGUGACUACAUUUAGAAGUUAAUUAAUUUCAGAGAACAGUUGGAGUACUGUUAUCGUAUUGUAGUAAUUCGUUGACAGUGCCGAUUGGCUACCGUUGUUUGGUGAAAGUAGGAGAAAAACGAAAUUUCCAAAAAUACUCGAUCAUUUUUACUCCGGGAAAAUGACUUCAUUAGUAGUAAGAAAUGCGUUUGCAGCGACAGUGCACACAAGACGGCCAACAGAUCGACCUGUAUCAUGGGCACGUAGCUAAUUAGUAGCUAACACCAGCCAGCCCCGAAAACAGUUCGGCGGCUGCGGCGGUGUAGAACUGCAACUGCAGCAGCCUUCGGGGGCAAAACGACGCUGACCCUUGAGGGGCGCGCUGGUUUCACGAUGUGCAUCGCGCCCCGUUCGUUUCUUGCCGCUUCCGUAGUUGGUUGCCCUGGUUUACCUUGCUCAGCUGACAGUCAAAGGCCGUUCUUUAGGUGGUUAGAACAGGAGGCGAACGCCAGCCGAAGUCAGCUGGCUGACGCAGUCGUCCGCUCAGUAGCGGCCGCUGGUGCACCCCCAUUGCGGCGUAAGGAGCCCCAACAACAGCAAAAGGGUGCAGCGGGCGGAAGACGCUGUCGGCAGCAUACGGCAGUGGCAACAAGAAACGCUGCCACAGUUAAUAUUAGGAAAAUUGGCAUCAACGACAACAAUAAUAAUAUCCGAAGCAAUACCAUUACUUUACACAUCGAGAACAUAGUUACUGCUAAAGUUUGCAAUACGUCGUUUGUUCGAUCCUCACAGGAUCUGUGUGCUGUUGGUGAGAAGGCCGUUGAAGCAUUAAAGCAAGUGUCGAAUAGCGAUUCUUCAGGUGACUGGGUCUGUUCGAGGAGACGAGGGCCUGACGACGGCGACGCGCGGCUGAUCGCCGCCAACCCUCGGCAUGGGGCCGAGCGGGGCCGUAGGUGUGUUCGGACAACGACUCAACUUUCUGCUGAUGCUGUCGCUGCGUCUUAUUCACGAAAAAGUCGCCCAGAACGACAACAGCUACAGCAGCAGCAGCAGCGGCGGCGGCAGCGUAAACAGGAACACCAAAGAACAAAUCACCAAGAGGAGAACACCUCCAUCAAAACUUCUAUUGCAACAAUGCACGUGGCGGCAGCAAGGACGGCUGUGGACUCGCCCGCCAUUGCUGUUCCCGCAUCCACCGCUUUUAGUGAAGCCAGAAAUAAAAUCGUUAUUACCAAACUUAAGUUCACCAGCAGACAGCAAAAAGUGGACCUUGCCAAUGAACAAAACUCACAGCAACAUUCAAAAAAACUACAAAUGCUACAAAUACAAAUGCUAUGCCAAGUGUCGUUGGCAAUCAAUAUCUUUGUUGUUAGUGUUGUGCGUUACCGUUGUCAACAUUCCAUAUACAAUAGCUCAAAUAAGCACGACGGAUCCGGCGCAGAUGACACGAUCCAUCGGUACUGGUGGAAACGGUGGACUAAACGUCAAUGGUACUUCUCCUUCGUCGUCCUCUUCUAUUUCUUAUGGCAACGACGCGUUAGAAGAUGUCAAGUCGACACUCUCCAAAAAAAUCAUGGCAAACACAUCGCUUCUGCUCGACAGCCUCCUGUCCGAAGAGAACUAUGACCGUCGAAUACGGCCUGGAUUCGGAGGAAAUGCCACAGAAAUAGUUACCGAUGUAGAAAUUAGAAGUUUUGGACCAGUUUCGGAAAAUGACAUGAUGUACUCGAUGGAUUGCUAUUUUCGCCAGUCGUGGCGCGACGAGCGCCUUAAAUUUGAAGGAUCAUUGAAAAAGCUGUCGGUGAGUUGGCAGUUCUUAGAACGGAUAUGGACACCUGACACAUAUAUCAAUAACGGAAAAUCAUCCUACCUGCACAAGGUAACUGUGCCCAAUAAAUUCAUCCGGUUGCAAAGCGAUGGCACACUCAAAUAUUCCAUGAGACUCACGAUACGGGCAAAAUGUCCCAUGCAUCUUCGAAAGUAUCCCCUCGAUACACAAGCGUGUCCACUCAAGAUCGGAAGCUAUGCAUACUCGCCAAAAGAUGUAGUAUUUCGUUGGAAUGGCGGGAGCCCCGUGGUAAUUUCAAAAGACGUUACCCUUUCCCAGUAUGAGUUCGUCGAUAUUCUUAGCGACGAUCUUACAGUUCAAUUACCCAACGGAGAAACACGGUCAACCCUUGUAACUCGGUUCAUACUUCGCCGCCGACGUGGCUACUUUAUUCUCCAGAUUUACGCGCCCUGUUCGAUGAUCGUCGGAGCCUCGUGGGUCGCAUUCUGGAUCAAUCGUAACGACGCUGCCGGUCGGGUUGCCGUAGGUGCCACCACGGUACUUACUUUAGUAACGAUGGGCUUUGGAGGUCGGGCAUCGUUGCCUAAGGUAAACUAUGCUACGGCGCUCGACUGGUUCGUAGUGAUGUGCUUCUCCUUUGUGUUUGCUGCUUUGGUCGAAUACGCCUGUGUCAACUACAUUGAAAGGUAUAUGACAAUGAAGCAAAAAAAACUACUGGAAGCCCGUAAUAAGUACGAAGCGAGGUUCGAACAGGUCCGGCUACAGCUGGAAAAGGAGUUUCGCGAAAAUGGACGGGAUCCGGGCACAGUGAAGUUAGAUCAGAUUCGCCUACGGUUAGAACGAGAGGCUGAACGCGAGGAGGAAGCGGAAUUUGAAGGAACACGCUCGGGAUUUUUGUCUGAUUUCAAGGCCUACUGCAGAAAGCGCCGCCGUCACAAGUACAUCCAGAUCGCGACUCGCCCCGAGAGUGAGGAUGCACUGACCCCGCACGAGAUCUCUGGGGAGGUGGACGCCUGGGCGCGAAUUAUAUUUCCGCUAACAUUCACGUUGUUUAUGCUUUCGUACUGGGCCUUAUUUCUGUAUCUCGUCGAUGAUGAAAUAGAUUAUUCAUCGCCGGCAGGUGGCGUAACAGCCGGAGUGCCGUUAUUGGCCGCAGCAACGCAGACCGAAAUUAAUUCGCCGGACGACUUCCACGGCACGGCAAAAAUUAACCAUAGCCUUUACUGACUCAAACGUUUUACUAACUCUGCCAAGAUGACUGUUUGCCUCAUGAUGCAACGACACCCGUCACCAGGCAAUUCCUCUACUGAAAUAGGUCUACGACUAUUGCAUACAAUGCUACCGUAAGCUUACCAACGCCUACGUAUGAAACCUGACCAUGUGACUUCAAGAAGGCUACCGCUGUAUCAUCCAGACUGUGAACAUUUUCAAAAUGACUGAAGCUCCGAAAACGACCGAUUCGAGCUAAGUACAUGAAAGUAAAGGGCAGUAAUAAAUAUAGUCGCCAAGCAUAUCAACACAUUUCACGGACCACUCAUAGAGAAUUGCAUGUCUUGCCGUACACACAACGUGUUUAUCGGUCUUGUUAGUGAAUCAGUCAGUCAACUUGUGCUCCUGAUCUUCACUCCGAGUCCACUUUGCAUACAUGCGUAUAUAUAUAUGAUAUCGCACUACGUGACUUUGGGCCAUACCGUUCUUUAUUUUAUUUCUCACAGCGCAGAUUUAAUCUACUUUACCUAUCUUUUUUUUGGAGUGAUCCAUCCUCGUAUCUGCCAUUUUAGAAUGUCAAUGUGUGACUCACUGGGGAUUCUCCGCGUUUCCACUUCAACGAACGCGAUACUUCGAGACUCGUUAUAUAGGAGUGGAGUCACCUAACAUUCUACUGGCGACACUUGUCGGUUCAUUACAUAUAUAAGAAAGUUGUUGAAGCUAAUUAUCGUCAGUUUGCCUUUACCCCUAAAAUCGGCUCCACGGCGCUAACCGAGAUCAUUAAAGCGGGCUGUUGUUGCCUAGUUGGCAAGCGGCCUUCCAGUUACGAUGUACCUGGUACUGCCAAGAAACACAGGAACAAAAGCGGCUAGGUGGUAUUGCAGAUGACGACUUUUAUCUCUAUCAUUACUACUAUCACUCUUACUAAAGAUAAGGACGCAAGAACAAUGUAGCCGAAUGCGUGCGUAAGUGGUACCUCUGCUCAGUGAACCUUCAAACACAAAAUGUAGUUAAAGAUAGGACACAUAAAAAAAUUUUCGAGAUGAAAUUCUUAUUAGUUAGAAAAUUGCCUAAUAGAAGAAAUGUCUUUUUGCUGUCAGAAGAUAUGCGGUUCUCGAUUCAAAAAGCAAAAUUCUUAUAGCCCAUUUAAAAUUUCACAACAUGCAGGGCCUCGGUGACAUAAUGAUUUGGCACCACAUUCGGUUUUUUUUUUUAAUGAUAAAAAUUACCCUAAUAUAUAAUCGCUUCGAGCUACUUAUAUUUCCCUCGACUCUUUGAGAAGAACGCUUGUCCGUUGAUGUGUGAUUGACAGUAAUAAGCCCAGAUAUAGGAUCGUUUCACUUUACAUGUACAGUUGCCGAGUUUCCCAUGAGUGACCUAUGUCUCUUCUGUACGACAUGAAUUCUGUUGUUCGAAGGUUACUUCCACGUGUGAUCCCUUUCCUCUUCCGCGAUCUGUCCGCAACAUUCUCGAAUUUAUUUAGGCCAUUAGCUGGAAACUAGCUCUUACUUGGCUACCGUUUUCAAAGCUAUAGUUGCUUCUUCAAGGAACUCCUCAAUAAUUAGCUUCAAACAAACUGUUAGAGUAAGUGGUAGACAGAAGCGAGGUAAAGUAACAGCCCACCACAAUGCGGACAAGGGCUGGCUAAGGGGUUUUUAGCCAGCUUAGCGAAGGGUAGAUGCACCCCAAAGGUGCGGCAGAUUUCCACCUGUUUUUUUGCAGCCCACAUUCCGCAGGUAAGUACGGUAUGGCCCGUGUUAGUGUCGUUACGGCCAUCGUAGUCUUCAGACAGACGAGAGCAGGACAGGUGAAUCGAAAAAUCGCACUUCUACGCGACAUACCAGGGUAAGGGUGGUGAUGGUAGCAAAAGAAAGAAAAUAUAACGUAAAUGUGUCGACCCGUACAAAACAGUUCCGAGAAAGAGAUGGCAAAAAAGAUAACGCCGGGUGAGAGAAAGACAACCAUUACAAUGCAGCCUUCGGCGAGCAAUGUGUUGCAAGCAGUAAGAAGGACCGAAUAAAGCAAGCAAGCAAACAAACAAACAAAAUGAUAAGAAAAAGGGUCAAAGAUGCAAAACGGUAUGGGGUAAAACAAGGCGCUCAGCAUCUAAGUCAAAAUGCCAUAGACAUCAGAAAUUAGCUUCAGAUAUAGACAAAUAACAAAAAAACACAACAUUACACACGCAUACAUAUCUAGAAAAAGAUAUCAUGUUUUCAAUUAUGAAUAGCAGUGAGAACAAAUACUAAGAUGAGAUUACAGAAAGAAUAUUAAAGCAUGUUGUUAUCAAUACAUAUCUAUAUAUGUAUUUAGUGCAAAAAGUGUGGACUCAGAGUAACUAAAGCUAAACUUAAGCAACGUUAAGAACUUCAUCUGACGCUUUUUAAGUAGAAAAAACGAAAAAAAAAAAUGUUCACUUUGAGCUCCGCUGCUAAGCGGAACCAUGUUUAAGGUGUUUCCACGCGCGGUCACCAGAGCGCCAUACAUUAGCCUGCCUGGUUGAUUCACUCCGUUUUUCGUUUUCCAUAGAGGCCGUUACCCGUGGUAUAAUUAUAAUAGGUAACGUCCUUUUUGACACUGAUUCAAAAAAAUAAUUGUUGUUGUUGUCGUCGUCGUCGUAUCCGAAUCAAAACAUGCCACUGUUACUGGCUGACAGGCGCGCUCAUUUUCAAAAAUCAAGCCGUAAAUUAGUUUGGAAAAUUUAUAGCUACUACAUAUAUAUAGCCUAUUGGGAAAAGGAAAGUUUAUUUGAGAGAGAUCUUAAUCUGGUAACGACGAAACCAAUAGCUAUUUUUUUAAUGAUAUUUCAUUUGGACAUUCGGUGCCACGAAUAGAUAACGUUACUAUUAUAGCGAAAGCUGUAGAUGUAAUAAAGUGGUACAUAUCGUCUUAUAUUUUUCACCGUUAUGAAGUAAAUAAUGAUGACAAAAAUCAGAGUGGCAGCGGCAGCAUUGCCAAUGCCACACCGAUUGGUCGUGACCAGACGGUUAGCAGAAAUGUCUCAUAUAUACUAUAGUAUAUAAAUAUAUUAUGUGUAUCAUAUGAAGGAUUCAUAAGUAAUACAGGAACAAGUAGUAAUACAUAGCAGUUAUCAAGGUAAUGACAUUAUAGAGUAGCAUAGACAUGAUGGUUAUGAUUAAAUGGAAUUCAUACUGACAGCACAAUAAACAAGACGAACUUCUCCGGUAAUUCGCUACGCGGGUACCUGCUUGAGGGUAAUUUCCUUGUAAUAACAACGAUGAAAAUAACCGAAAAACAUAAUACAGGCGAUACAACAUACAGUGGCGAUGCUGAUGAUUAUGAUUUAUGAUGCUGAGGAGAGAAACGAAAGGAACAAACGCGAACCAUAUGUAGUGGCCGGUGAAAGACUAUUACAGAUAAAGAAAUAAAUAAAACUCUGAGGUAGCUGUACAUUUUGACAACUAUCGAUUUAAAUCAAACGGAUACAUACAGUUGUAACAGGAUGACACAAGAACCGAACCGAAAACGAAGGUCAUCAUAGGAGUACAGUAUCUUUUAGACCUUUCACAGCGUAUGAUUAUAUUAUAGGGUUAUUCAUUGUGAUCGAGUACUAAUCGUAACCUACAAAUAGAACUAUUUUCUGUUAUACUGCAUCGUUUCGGGUCUUAUACUAUUUAGAAAGCCGACGUUUUACUGGUCUAGUACACCCUCUGAUGUCAAAUUUAUGAGCCUCAUCUGGGUGUAUGUCCAAGCACAUAUCCUCAGUUUUGUUAUCAGAAAAAAAUCAUUGUACUUUAAUCAACUAUAGGAUUAUAUAGUUGUCAAGUCCAUAUGUGAGCCAUGAUAUAUCGGGGCUCGGCUUUAACUGUCAAAAAGAAGUACUCUUUGGUUGUCAACCCCAGUUAUUGAGUAAUAAUCUUUAAGGUGUUUAUUCAGCACAUAUAUAUACAGAGUGUUGGGCUCAGAUCCAGCUUUUAGAAACCAUGAAAUGGUUUGCUUGAUGUAAUAUCCGUUGCCUUCACCUACAAUUUUCAUUGUCGAUCUGGGCUGCUCCCUAACCACCUUUAAACUACCCUUUCUUUGAUUCGAAAAUAAUUUUUUAAUAGUAAGCAUGCAUCAAACAGCAUUGAUAAGUGUAGAUUUGAUGGCGUAGCUCAAAAAGACUGAACUAAAAUAACUGGAGCUCAUUCUGAUGAUUCAAUUGGCGAUAAAUAUUUUUCGCUCGUAUUACUAAAACGGUUCUCAAC